GGCACAUUCAACGUCUUUCCGUCUUCGCAUAUUCGUGUCUUCACGUUAUCACAUUUUCUUAUUCUGCUAAAGAGAGAAUCGUCAUUGUUAUUUAAUCUUACGCAACUAGAAACACUUGGAAGAAUAUCUUAGGGUCAGCAUUAAUUAUCUACGAGGCGAGAUGCUUGCCGCGCAAACUAUCCGCAUAGCCGUGCUGCUUGCCAUCGUUCUUCUGUACGAUAAAUGUUCCGGUUAUCCUUCGGUAAGACAAAAACAAGAGAUGGCCCUUUGCUCAGGAUGCGGCGACUUUUGCCACAAAUGCGAAUAUGGUGUUGUAAUAUCGAAUGCUUGCGGGGUUCCGCAAUGCGCAAAGGGACCCGAUGAACCUUGCGGAGGACGAGGAGAACGGCUUGGUAUUUGCGCCGAAGGCAUGAGCUGUAUAUGUAACCAAUGCUUCGGUUGUAGUUCGGAGAAGUUAAAAUGUUCCAAAAUUAAAGAUCCUUGUUGGCGUGAUUUUAACGUACCUGUAAGGCGGCCUGCUAUCAUGUAAAUCGAUAUGAUCGAUGAUCAUUUAUCGUGAAUCGGACGGUCACUUACACUUACCUAUCGAAGCGAACACCUGAAAUAUUUCUAAUUCUGUAAACGUACGACGACUCAACCGGGUGGUGGUUAACAUUAAGUUAAACGCACGAUGGUUAUACUUCGCCAAUAUUUCAUUUACCCUUAAACACGCGCGUCGAAUGAUAAACCACUGUAACGAUAACUACGAUCGGCCUUUAGCGACAGUUCGAAUCCAAUUGGACAGAUCUAAUUUUAACGAUAAUUGAAAGCGAUAAACGCGAUGAUUAGUUGCAUCUACAUAUGUAUAUCUUAUAUGCAGUCAACAAAGGGUGGAAAUGGGAAGGAGAAAUGAACGCGUUACGGAGGUGUAAAAUGAAAGGUGAAGAAGAUGCGAACGAGAGAAAGAGAGAGAGAGAGAGAGAGAGAGAGAGAGAGAGAGGAAAUACGUAGGAGAAAUAGAAUAGAAGAGAAUAAGGAGUGAAAUAUCGAAAGCAAGAUUACUGUAAUAUUAUUCGCUUUGCUCUCUUUUCUUGAUUUUUCUCUAGUCUGAUUAUUUACGUCACGCGUAAAAAAAAAAAAGAAAAAAAUAA